UCCGUGCAGUGAGCAUGUUUGUACGCCAGACAUCGUCGUUGGUCGGUUGUCGUCAUCGCUAUCGCUAUCGCUGCCACAUAGCCGUCGUUUCGCGAACAACAUCCAUCGACUCGCCGCCGUUGCCGUCGCCUUUUCGGAUGCGAGACUCUUAAAUCCCUCGGAAUACCAUUUCGAAGAAAACGCGUGGAUAGGCCAGGAUCUACACGUAAAUUCACCGUAAAAAAGAAACCCAGUGUGUUCUGUGCCGCGUUCAUAAUUGAGAGUAAUUCAAAGCAAAACUUCAUGGAAUAAAUAACACCGUACAAGUGCCUUACACAAAAAUAAUAUAUCCACGCUCAAUGCCGGAAACUUCUUGAGUCUGGCACCCAAAAGCGCUCGCUCUCAAGAUCCCUAACCCACAAAAAAUCUCGAGUGUGCUUCGCCGAGUGUCCUGUCAGCCAAAUAUAUGGUAAUGGCAGAGAUUGGUGGCCAUUUGGCUCACCAGCUACCGUUGCACAAUCACAACCACAAUCAAACUGGAUUACAGCCAUCGCUGGUGAUGAACCAUCACCUGGAUUUGGAUUGUCAUGGACACGAUGUGAUAAAAAAACAACGGCUAUCUCACUGCGUCGGCUGUGGAGGCCAAAUCCACGAUCAGUAUAUCUUGCGCGUUGCCCCCGAUCUCGAGUGGCAUGCGGCGUGUCUGAAGUGCCAGGAGUGCAGGCAGUUCCUGGACGAAAGCUGUACGUGUUUUGUGCGCGAUGGCAAAACCUACUGCAAGCGUGAUUAUGUUAGGUUAUUUGGUACAAAAUGUGAUAAAUGCGGCAACUCCUUCAGCAAAAAUGACUUUGUGAUGCGGGCCAAAACGAAAAUCUUUCACAUCGAGUGUUUUCGAUGCUCUGCGUGUGCGCGACAAUUGCUGCCAGGUGAUGAAUUCGCGUUACGCGAUGCCGGAGCUUUAUAUUGCAAGGAGGAUCACGAUGUGCUGGAGAAAUCGUCGCAGAGCAGCCUCACUUCUUCGUCGGUGGAGAGCAACAACAAUAUUAGCAGUAGUAACAACAACAACACCAACCUUAGCAAUAACAACCAUUCCAGCGAAUUGGGUUCAAUGUCAGAUUCUGGCAGCGAAUCGGGCUCACACAAAAGUAUUAGGGAAAAGCGACCCUCGGGGCCCUCGGAUGGCAAGCCAACGCGAGUUCGGACCGUGCUCAAUGAGAAACAGCUGCAUACGCUCAGAACCUGCUACAAUGCUAAUCCGCGACCUGAUGCGCUCAUGAAGGAGCAGUUGGUGGAGAUGACGAGUCUUUCCCCGCGAGUCAUCCGCGUGUGGUUCCAAAACAAGCGCUGCAAGGACAAGAAGAAGACCAUUCAGAUGAAGCUGCAAAUGCAGCAGGAGAAGGAGGGUCGCAAAUUGGGCUAUGGCGCCAUGCAGGGCAUCCCCAUGAUCGCCAGCUCCCCGGUUCGACAUGACUCCCCUCUGAACCUUCAGGGUCUGGAUGUGCAGACAUAUCAACCGCCGUGGAAAGCCUUAAGCGAUUUCGCCCUUCACGCCGAUCUCGACAGCAAUGGAGCGAUCAACACCCACACGCCCGCAUUUCAGCAGCUGGUCAAUCAGAUGCACGGCUACGACCUGAACGGGAUGCCCAUCCUGCCGCCGCAUCCGCACGCGCAUCCUGGCCAAGGACCUCCCCACCAGCAUCCACCGCCCCCCGGCGGACCGCACAAUCACCAGAACCAGCAGCCGAACCAGCAGCCCGGGGGCAGCAGCCUGGACUCCGGCAUCACCUCGCACCACCAUCCGGACAGCACCGACUCCUACGUGACCUACCUGGAGAGCGAUGACAAAUCCAAACUGGCGCUGACCCCGUCGUCCUCCUCAUCGGCCUCGGCGGGCACAUCGAUCUCCUCGCCGCCAUCGGGUGUUGGAGCCGGGGGUGGUGGCGCCGUGGGCGGUGGUGCAGGUGUCCUGGGCUUGGGCGUGGGAGUGGUGUCCAGUCAGUCGGCCACCGAGCAGCUCAUGCAAAUGCUCCAGAAGGUAACCGGCUCCGCUUCCCCCGCCUCGCAUGCGGUGCUCUAAAAAGCAAGCAGGAAGCUGGAUCGGAAGGAGCUACAGUCGAACUUCACUAACUUGAAAAGUUGUCUUAGAAAAAAUUAAGCGCAAUAAAUUUAAUUUUGAUGAAAAGUUCCGUUUAAAAUUACACAACAAGUAUAUUUAACCUUUAAAAUACUAUUUUAUUCAUUCUUGUAUUGACUUUAUUUCAAAAUGUUUUAGACAAAAACCUCAAACUUAAUUUAUAGCCCAGGAGUUGUUAUUUACGAAAUUUAUUUUAACAAUAUUUUUAUACAGCUAGGGAAGUUCGACUGUAUUUGGGGUUGUGCAAUUGUUUUUGCCCGUUUUUUAUUAAUCUACUCAUUUGUAUUCUGUAUAUUUAAUUUUAUUCUGUUUGAUUCGGUGCCAAAAAAUAGUCUGUAGGCCGUUGGCAUUUUGGGGAUAAUCUGGCUCUGGCUAUCCGGCUCAGUUGCACAUUUCGUUAUGUAACAUACACUUUUGUUGUUGAGUUCAAAAAAAAUAAACACAAAAAAAAAUUAAAUUAAAGUAAGCUAAACAAAAAUGCUCACACACUUGAAAAGUUUUUACAAUAAUUUUUGACACGAAAACAAAAAAAAAAUUAUGAUAACAAAAGGAAAACAGUUACUUCGCAUCAAGUAGGGAAUUUCAUUAAACAUAAAUUUGUAAAUAACUUUUAUAUAUACAUAAUAAACGAAUAUAUUUUCAUUCAAAAUGCAAAAAACGAUCGUAAGCAUUCAAAAAACAAAAUGAGAAACUGAUCCGUGUGUAUUAUAUGGGAAAAUAAAAUCCGAGGGGUAGCGAUAAACUAUAAAGACGCACUUGGCAAACUUGUAAAUCGAAUUAGCAACAACAAAAGCAUCUACGUCUAAGUUCGUAAAUUGUAUGGCAAAAGAAACACAAAAUUAUUACGAAUAAAUACAUGCAAAGAAGUGGGGAACUUUAUGUAAGUGAGAAACGAAAACUGUAACUAAAUCUAGACUUAUUUGUUAGUUUUUAAACAUUUCCGAAAUGCAUGAUAAAAUGAGGGAGACAACAAAUCCGGCAGCGGGAAGGCAAGAGAGAGAAAGCGAAAUGUACCAAGGAUGUUUAUAAGCUGUUUCGUAAAACAACUAAUGUAUUUUCAAUAAUAUUUAACUAAUAUUAAUAAUAAACAGUGCAUAAGUAAUUUUAGUAACUAUAGAAAAUGUUUAAAUGAAAUUACAAACGAAAAUAAAACCACAA